AUGGAUAUGGUGUAUAUUCCCGCCUUCAUCCUCAUAUUCCUAAUCUCACUCUGCCAAUCCGACAACCAGCUGACACAAACAAAGCCACUCUUGCCCAAUGACACGCUCAUCUCGGAAGGCGGGGACUUUGCUCUUGGCUUCUUUUCCCCUACCAAUUCCAGCAAGAAGUUAUACAUAGGAAUUUGGUACCACGGCAUUGCAGAACGCACUGUGGUCUGGGUCGCCAACCGUGACAACCCAAUCACAACGCCAUCAGCGAAGCUCGCCAUCACUAGCAACUCAGAGCUGGUGUUGUCGGAUUCCCAGGGCCACACUCAUUGGACAAGCAACACAAGUGGAGGUGCCGGAGCUUCUGCGGUGCUACUCAACUCUGGGAACUUUGUCCUUCAGUCGCCGAACGGCACAGAGAUAUGGCAAAGCUUUGAUCACCCGACCGAUACAAUUCUUCCAACCAUGAGGGUUCUGAUGAGCUACAAGGCGCAAUCGGUAACACGCCUCGUUGCUUGGAAGGGUCCUGGCGAUCCAUCAACUGGGGAUGUCUCUUGUAGCGUUGAUCCUGCCUCGAACUUUCAGAUGUUCAUUUGGAAGGGGACUUUGCCGUAUUUCCGUUUCUCUCUUUUUACUGAUAAUUCGGUGUCUGGUGGCUCAUACCAGAGCAAUGGUAUCUCCAUCGUCAUGUACCAAGAGAUGAUCAACACAGGGGACGAGUUAUACUAUACGUACACAGUCUCUGGCUCACCCUACGUACGCAUGUCUUUUGAAUACACAGGCAAGGCGGGUCUCCUGAUUUGGAACAGCACCACGUCGUCAUGGGCAGUCAUUUCUGAGCGUCCUAAUGCUGACUGUGAGCUCUAUGCUUCUUGUGGUCCGUUCGGCUAUUGCGACCACACAGAGGUAGUCCCAUCCUGCCGGUGCCUUGAUGGGUUUGAGCUCCUGGACAGUCUCAAUUUCUCUAGAGGAUGCCGGAGAAAGGAAGCGCUAAAAUGUGGAAACAAAGACUAUUUCAUCACCAUGCCUAAUAUGAAGGUUCCUGACAAGUUCUUGCACAUUAGGAAUAGAAGCUUCGAUCAGUGUGCAGCCGAGUGUACUCUAAACUGCUCGUGUGUGGCAUACUCCUAUGCCAACCUAAGCAAUGUUGGUACUACGGGUGACACAUCGAGGUGUUUGGUCUGGACUGAUGAUCCUAUCGACAUGGAGAAGGCCAGCUUUUUAGACAACUUAAUGUACAUCCGUCUUGGCCAAUCUGCUGUUCAUAAGAAGAGCACUUUGCUGAAAAUUUUACUCCCAACUAUAGCAUGUCUGCUGCUACUCACACUCGCAGCCCUUGUCUGGACAUGUAAAAGCAGAGGCAAACUGCGAAAGAAGAGAGUCCAGAAAAGAAGAAUGCUAGAAUACUUGAGUUCUACAGAUGAACCUGGGGGCAAGAAAAUAGAGUUCCCAUUUAUUAGCUUUGAAAACAUUGUCACAGCAACAGACAAUUUCUCUCAUUGCAAUAUGAUUGGGAAAGGAGGUUUUGGCAAAGUAUACAAGGGACUGUUGGAAGGUACCAAUGAAGUAGCUGUCAAGAGACUUAGUAAGAGUUCUAGGCAAGGUGCCGAGGAGUUCAGAAAUGAAGUAGUCUUGAUUGCAAAGUUGCAGCACAAGAACCUAGUUAGGCUUCUCGGUUGUUGUAUUCAUGAAGAUGAGAAGCUGUUGGUUUAUGAAUAUAUGCCCAACAAAAGCUUGGAUUACUUUCUCUUCGGUACAUUCACUUUCAAAAAUUUUAAUACUGUUGGUGCAUUUUCAGUCAAGUCAGACACCUACAGCUUUGGUGUUCUACUAUUGGAAAUUGUGAGUGGAAUAAAGAUCAGUUCACCAAACCAUAUGAUGGAUUUUCCUAACCUUAUAGUCUAUGCAUGGAACCUAUGGAAGGAUGACAAGAUAGAAGAUUUGGUGGACUCAUCUGUUAAAGAGAAUUGUCCUCUCGAUGAAGUUUCACGAUGCAUCCAUAUAGGACUUUUGUGUGUUCAAGACAGUCCAAACUGUAGGCCACUAAUGUCAGCAGUUGUGUUCAUGCUGGAGAACAAAACCACUCCACUCCUAAUACCAAUACAACCUGUGUAUUUUGCACGUAGGGAUGCCAGACCUGAAAAUGCUGCCGAUGAUAGGGUAUUAUCCGUGAAUGACAUGAGCCUCACGGUGCUAGAGGCCCGUUAG